AUGUCGGAAUCGGAGUCGCCAUACCCCUAUCCCGAGGGCAAUGGAGGAGACCAGAAGACAUUCGGCAUCAUCAUCGGCGUCUUGAGCUUUGCCGCAGUUGUUGCCAUCGCGUUCACCGUCUGGCGUAUAAUGUGCCCCAAGAAGUCAAAGGCGGAGGAUGAUCUCGAGGCCGGCCCCGAGCCGCAGCCGGAGGGCGAGGAAGGAGACGCAGAGGAAGAAGGAGAUGAACCAGAUGAAGGAGACCAACCAACCCAGGAAGUCAAAGAGCUGGCCCCCAGACGACCUCGUGCGCCACAAUCAGUGCAUUCGGAUCAUCCGAGAGCGAAGAGCAAACCCAAGCUUCUGCGACAGCUUCCGCAACAGUUCCCACAGCUCCCGCGGGAGGUUCAACAACAGAUCUGGGACCACGCCGAGAACAAGAACCACAAGAGACAUGGAGACAAGGCCCCGGAACCACUUCCGCGACAGCUUCGAAAGCAGCUUUGGGACUCGCUUCCGCUGGAGGUCCAGGAGGAGCUUUACGAACAGAUCGACCCAGACAUACAGAAGCACGUCAAGCAGUGUCUCAAGGAGCAGAGACUGGAGGAGGAACUUGCAAACGUCUCAAGCAAGCCUCGGACCCGUCCACCGAGCCGUCGGCCGAGCACAGCUGCCACGGGCUCGCGUUCGAGUCGGCGACCAAGCACAACAGCUGCCUCGAGCUCACGUUCGAGCCGUCGAACCACCACAGAUGUCUCGAGCAUGUAUUCGAGCCGUCGAGCACCUACCACCGUCGCCACCAGCAUAUUUCCGCCCACUGAAGCACCCACCGCACACGUCCCGGGCGCUUACCCCAGCCGGCGGGCACCCUCCAGCGCCCCAAGGAUGCAUUCGAGACGUCGGGCCUUGUCAAGCAUUCUUACACUGGACGAGUAA